AUGUAUGACGAAGAACAUGAUGAAAUUUAUGAUGUUGAUUCAACAGAUUAUAUCAACCAGAAUCAAGAUAACUAUGAAUGGGAACAAAUUUCAGACAGUGAUAGUAAUGAUAAAGAUGAUUGGAAGGAUGAUGUAAAACAUUGCUUAAUAUCACUAGAUAAGACACCUAAUUCAAAUAUUAAUUCAAUUUUCAUCAAAAAUUUAAUUCUUUCAAGGAUUCAAACUUCAUCACUUUAUAAUCACAAUUUAAAUCAUAUUUAUGAAAAUAAUUCAAAAACAAAUAAGUUUAUUUCAAGUUCAAAGUUAUGA